GAUACCUUGGCAAAUGUAACAGCGUUUUCUCGCGGUGUGCCGCCGGCAGUACCCUGCAGAGUCGUGCGAGCCGCAUAUACGAAGCGGAACAACAACGGGGUCGCGGAGCGGAGUAUGAACGCCGAUUAUCAGGUCCUGGUAUAAUGAAGCCAUCCAUGAAAAUGGGGGUGAUCGCGGUGAUUGGUGUGUUCGUGGUGUUCUACCAAUACCAUCUGUCCACGGGAGUACGGUUCGAUCAGAUGGCCGAUUUCAACACAGGCGGAUCCGCGGAGAACACACCUGUAUUCUCGCAGGAGGACGUCGAGAGCUACGUGAGGACGACCAAGCUGACGGAGGAAAUUAUCAAGCGUGCGGUACGCAGGGUACAGGAGACGAACGGACUUAGUCCAGACAUCGCGACCACGUUGGUCCAGGAGCUGAUAAAUCACGUGAACAGGAACACCUUCGAGCCAAUAGGGAAUAAUUCGAAGAUGACGCGAACGCAAUCGCCGACGACCUCGCGUAGUAUCGAACUGGAUCAACAGGGCUCGACCAAAGAAACGCUAGAGCCGUUGUACAUAAUCACGCCAACGUAUCGUAGACCGGAACAGAUCCCAGAGCUAACGAGGAUGUCUCAUACGUUGAUGCUCGUGAAGAACAUCCACUGGCUGGUGAUCGAAGACGCGAACGUCGCCACGAAACAGGUCACCAGACUGCUGGAACGAACGGGAUUGAAGUUCGAUCAUUUGACCGCUCCUAUGCCCGAAAAGUACAAGCAGAAGAAGGGCGCGAAACCACGGGGCGUGUCGAAUCGGAACCGUGGUCUGCAAUGGAUCAGGGCAAACGCGACCGAUGGGAUCUUCUAUUUCGCGGACGACGACAAUACCUAUGACAUAACUCUGUUUGACGAGAUUCGAAAGACAAAGAGGGUAUCGAUGUUCCCGGUUGGUCUGUGCACGAAAUUCGGUCUGAGCUCGCCGAUCCUCAAGAACGGGAAAUUCGUCGGUUUUUACGACGGUUGGAUCGCCGGCCGGAAGUUUCCCGUCGAUAUGGCGGGUUUCGCGGUGAGCGUGAAGUUUCUGUUGGAAAGGCCGAACGCCACGAUGCCGUUCAAAGCCGGCUACGAGGAGGACGGUUUUCUGAAAAGUCUGGCCCCAUUCGAGCCACGGGACAUCGAGUUUCUCGCGGGGAAUUGCACCAAGGUACUCGCGUGGCACACGCAGACCAAGAAGAACGAUCCGAGCGCCCCGUUGGACAUGAAGCUUUACGGCAAUACGAAUCUCAUUAAGCUGAAGGAGCAAAUAGUAUGA